CCCACCCUCCGGACUGCGUACUGGCAGCAGCGGCGCAGAGCGGAGCGACUGUACGGAGCCCGGGGGGAGAGAGCGCGCGGAGCGGCGGGGCUACAGCGGCGGAGACACACGGGACCACACACCUGUUUAAGGGCUGAGGAGGUGAAGAGCCGCGCGGAGCCGCGGAGAGAGAGCGGGGUGCGGACCACCUCUGUAAACAGGAGCGAAGUGGAGGAGGAAACUCUUCCUGUUCAGAAGAAGUCUGAUCUGAGGAGUUCCAGCGCUGAGAGAGAGGAGAUACAGAGAGAGACACUGUGAGUCUGAGGGUCUGUGAGGAAUGGAGAGAAGUAAGACUGGGUUUUACUGCGUUUCACAGAGUUUUUAAACGUUUUUAAAAAAUCCUGGUCUCUUAUAAACUCUUUUUUCCUCUCUCUGGCCCCCUCUCUCUCUCUCUCUCUCUCUCUCUCUCUCUCUCUGGCGCGCUCCUUUCCUGCCAUUCUUCUGCGCGCCUCUGCGCUUCCUGCUCGGACUGACCAGAGCACUGGACGACUAAAAAUACUGACAAGUCAAAAUGGACAACUAGCCACAUGCUCCCCUGCUCCUCACCUUCAUAUUUAUCCUGAAGAUUUAGUUUUUGGAUUUGUGGAUAUCCUUAUACUCCUACCGUGUUGGACUUUGGACUCCAUCAGUUUAUCUUCUGUGAGAUUUGAAUGGUCAGCAGAUCCUGGACCUGUUUUUUUGGUUCUGAAGUUAUAAAUAUAAGGCUAAAGGAUAAACAAUAAACACCCUCUCUAAAGAGCUUCGAUAAGGCCUCAAAUAUGAGCAAACUUUCUAGGGUAGUACGCUAAAUCGUAUUUUUAUCAAUAUUGUUUUUAUGAACUCCUUGAAUAGCUCCUUGAAAAUUGCACUACCUGCUUGCAGCAACAGAGGCUAGUGCUGUAUGAUAGUGUAUUUUUAAUUGUUAUUCUGAUACACAUUUUUGAACCAGCUUCGAUAAAGCCUUGAAUAUCAGCAGAAUAAAAAAAAUUGCAUUACCUGCAGACUGCUAUGUCUGUACGAUAAAUCGCUUUUUAAAGUUAAUCACAAUAAGAGAUUUCACGAUAAACACCUGAGGCAAACAAACAAAAGAGCUGCGAUAACUACUUAAAUAACCCUGAAUUGCAUUGCUUGCUUGCAGCAACAGAGGACUGUACGAUAAAUCAUAUUUUCUUCAUUAUCGCAAUAUGAGUUUUUAGAGUAAAGGGCUGUGAUAACUUUUUAAAUAACAGCAAACCCAAAAUGCUUUAUCUUUGUGCGGCACAAGAGGGAGUUCUUCCUGUUACAGGCUAGUAUGAUAAAUUAGAUUUUUAGCAUUAUCGUGAUAUGAGAGAUAAGGUUUAUCGUAAGAGGCCCGAUUGCAGCCAAGCCAAGUGCCAGAAACUAGUUUAAUGGGAUACACAACGGUGUUAUCACACAUUGUGUUUUUUGUCUAUAUUGGGCUUCCGUAUGUUCCUCCAUUCCUCUCCAUGUUCUUUCAGCUCUGUAAGAAGCAGAAGCUGAAGUGAGCUCAAGUACGUAAGUGCAUGGAGACCAGUUGGUGUCCAGGUUCCAGGUUCUCCCACACACAACCCAUUCUUUGGUUAACUUUCUUUUGGCCUAAAGCCUGACUAAAGCCUGCCCCAAACUUCCAUGGAGCCGUAGGCCUGUGAUAUCCAUGUCCACAGUUGUUGGGGUGUCAUUGUGGAGUGCUCUGGCUGGCGAUGGCUGUGUGACCUUGCACUGCUUGUGCUUGAAGCUGGAUGCAGAAGGCCCUCAUGAACCUUCCAGAGGGGUCGCAUCGGGAGAGAGGCGACGGGAAGUACACAGUUCGACAAAUCAAGUCGCCAUUUAAACCACGUUGUGCACAGAGAACCACACAUGGAGCCGCUGAAGAGCAUAUUUACCCGCGGCCCUCUGGUGCCCUGGAAAAGCCUGCAGGACUCUCAAAAAGGGAGCUUCAGCAACCCGGUGUGGACCGCUUUGUUCGAUUAUGAAGCAUCAGGAAAGGAUGAGCUGACCCUGCGCAAGGGAGAUGUUGUGGAGGUCCUGUCUUUGGACUCUGAGGUGUCUGGAGACGAGGGCUGGUGGGCGGGCAAGGUGAACAACAAGGUGGGCAUCUUCCCCUCCAAUUAUGUCUCGCUCAAGCCCAGUGGCUAUGGUAAACUGCCCCCUAGUGUGGGCGACGUGGCCCACGAGCUACAGUUUGAGCCUGAGGUGGUGGAUUUUCGGGAGUUGAGCCUAGAGGAGGUCAUAGGGGUUGGAGGCUUUGGGAAAGUGUACCGGGGCACCUGGAGAGGCGGGCUGGUGGCCGUCAAGGCAGCUCGGCAGGAUCCGGAUGAGGAUAUUAGUGUGACUGCGCAGAAUGUGCGCAACGAAGCAAGACUCUUCGCCAUGCUUACGCAUCCCAACAUCAUCGCCCUCAAAGGGGUGUGCCUGCAGGAGCCCAACCUGUGCCUCAUCAUGGAGUACGCUUCCGGUGGGCCGCUGAGCCGGGCCCUGGCCGGCAGACGCAUCCCGCCGCACGUCCUGGUGAACUGGGCCGUGCAGAUCGCUCGAGGGAUGCUGUACCUGCACAAUGAGGCCAUAGUACCUGUCAUCCACCGUGACCUCAAAUCAAACAACAUCCUGCUGGCUCAGCCGAUAGAGAUAGAUGGUAUUGAGGGUAAAACUCUGAAGAUCACGGAUUUCGGACUGGCCCGAGAGUGGCACAAGACCACCAAGAUGAGCACGGCUGGCACCUACGCCUGGAUGGCACCAGAAGUCAUCAAAUCCUCAACCUUCUCCAAGGGCAGUGAUGUAUGGAGUUACGGUGUGCUGCUGUGGGAGCUGUUAACAGGUGAGGUGCCGUAUAGAGGUAUAGAUGGUCUGGCUGUGGCAUAUGGAGUGGCCGUCAACAAGCUGACCCUUCCAAUCCCCUCUACCUGCCCCGAACCAUUCGCCCAACUCAUGGCAGAGUGCUGGGAUCAGGACCCCCACCGCAGGCCAAGUUUUGCCUCUAUCCUGUCUCAGCUGUGUGCUCUGGAGCAGCAGGUGAUGGAGGAGAUGCCCCAGGACUCCUUCCACUCACUGCAGGAGGACUGGAAACUGGAGAUCCAGGACAUGUUUGAUGAGCUGCGUGCCAAGGAAAAGGAGCUGCGGUGUCGUGAGGAGGAGCUGAAACGUGCGGCUCUGGAGCAGAAGUCUCACGAGGAGUUCCUGCGUCUGCGAGAGCAGCAGCUGGCGCAGUGGGAGCAGGAUGUGUUUGAGAGAGAACUGUCUCUGCUCAUCCUCCACCUCAACCAGAACCAGGAGAAACCCAAUGUCAAGAAGCGAAAAGGCACCUUCAAGAAGCACAAACUGAAGAGCAAGAACGGAGAGAAGAUCAGCAUGCCACAAGAUUUUAUCCAUAAGAUCACAGUGCAGGCGUCUCCUAGACUGGAAAAGAGACGGAACUCUCCGGAUUUGGGUUCUCCUUCAAUUGGCCCUCGCUUCCGUGCUAUCCAAUUAGUCAGCCCUGGUGACAGUAAGUGGAACUCUGUCUGGCCCCUGGAGUCUCUUCCUCUGAAGCAGCCAAACGGGGAGCGCCGAGUACCCCCCCACUGGAGCCCCCAAAGUCCGAAGAGCCCUAAAAGCCCUAAAAUGCUGCGCCUGAGCCCACAGGACAGCGGUCUGUCUAUGAGGGCCAGGCUUCUGGAGAUGGACAGCAAUGAAAACGGCGAGUUCAAAGAUGAUUUUGAGGAGUACAGACCCACCACGCCAGAACCAAGCCAAAACGGCUCCAGCUUAGGGAAAGAGCCUUCUUGGACAGCUCUUCCUGAAGAGGAUUCUGGGAGUGAGGAGGGCUGUUUAUCCCACCGCAGUUCCCCAAACCCGGACUGCCGCUCCAGCAUGCCUGCUCACGUUAAAAGCACUCACCAGGCUUUGCUCAGCAGUGCCUCGCUGCUGGCCUCUGUGGCUCUGGGCCGUUAUUUAGAGCCCCAGCUCCCACCAACUCCCCCUCCACGAACUGCCCCCAGGACUAAAUCCCCUGCACUGGAGCGUGAGCUCCCCACAGUGGCUAUAGAGUACAUACCCACAGACCCAGCUGUGGUUGAGGAUCUUAUAACAUUCAGUACAGACUCUCUGCCUCAAGAGAUAUUUGAAGCUCAACUGAAGCCACCAGAGACUAAACCCUUACCCCUGACUCCUCCUCCACCAAACCCCAGAGACAGGUCAGGUCGCAGAACCCCCCAGCACAGCUCCGCAGAGUGGAUCACUCAGGCUAACGGAGAGACGGCAAGCGAAGUUGUGAGUCAACCUGGAGAAAGGAGGAGAAGAUCAAGUCAAGGACUUUCCUCACAAUUAGUGUUGGACCUACCCUUGUGCCAAGACACUAUGGUGGACGCUGACGACAAAUCCCCCACCCCAUUCGCUCUGUAUCCAGACCCUCGCCUUUGGAGCCCCAAAACCCGCCGCCUGGAGGUCAACAUCAUCCCCCGGCCCAGGCCAUCCCCCAUCCGUCCCCGGAUCGAUCCCUGGAGCUUCAUUUCGGCUGGUGUGACCGAAAGAAGCAACUCGCGGAACAACCUCACUUCCAGCAGCCCCACAAGUCCGAGACAGGGGUUCCAGCCCUCACCCACCAAUCCCUUUACGAACUGUGACCCAUUUCCCUCACCUGACUGUGACCCUUUCAGCCUCAAGGCUGACCCCUCUGUGAAUUCUGACCUUCCCUCCCCCUUUGACCCUUUUUCUGCACCUUUCCCUACGUCUCGCUCCGCACCGUGCUCCACUAACGGCAGUCCUAACCUCUCUCUCAGGGUUGCUCCACUGAAUCCAGCUGACUCCCCACUCAUUGACCUGGGCUGGGCAGGGGUCAGCAAGCCCCUAGCUAUUGCCAAAGAAAAAGUUUGCCCUAAGAGAGUUCUGGGUUUAAGUCCCUUCAGUCCCCUUAGAGAUGACAGAUUCUGAACUUUAAAGAGGGAUUGUUACCUGUCUAGUUCGGGGCACCCAAGCUGCAGUUGGCCUUGAGAUUUGGUGCUUUGGAGGUCUCUUUGGAGUUCUCUUUGGUGUUCCUUGUGGAAAGAAAUGGGAGGAAAAUGCACAAUCGCCCUAGUUUAAAAAAAAAAAGAAAGAAAAAAAAAAAAAAAAGUGCCCCAAACAGUGUGUGUGUCUGCUCUUUUAUAAUGUUGGCUUAAACAGAGUGAAACUUAAUAUUUACAAACCUUUAUGCACUUCAGCAACCAGAAAGGAUUAUUCCAGAAGCCAAUUGUUUUCUUUGCAAUGUUUGGUAAAAUCUGGUAAAAUUGCCCUUCAGGUCUCUAUUUCCUGUGAAUCCCAGAAAGAGAAAACAUACACUGCCUUCAUAUGCAUUUUUUCAUAGGUUACCACAGCUUGUGCUAAUUCUGCUAGUUGCUUAAAAAAUGUUUGAGCAAAAAUGGUAACACAGCUAACAGUGAAAGAAAGUUAGAAAGAAAGCUCGAUCUUGGGCAUUUUGCAAACUAGCUUUAGGUUGUAUUGUAUAUUAUCUCUGCUGCCAUCUUUUGGUUGUAAAAAUGUAACAGGUAUCGGAAAUUAUUAAUCCUAUUCUGAAAUUACUGGUUGGAUAAAAAGCAAAACUCAUGUGCACUCCCCAGUUUUUCCAUUACCUAAUUACAUGUAAUUUCAUGUAAAAACAUUAAUAGAAUAACUGACAAGUAGUUGGAUUAUGUAAUGCAUGUAAACACAUUCAUGCACAGUCCCCACUAUAACUUAAUCAGGUCUUCUUUGCUUAUUAUCAAGUAAAUUGUCUGUCUGCAAAUUGCUAAUGGGUUCCCCUUUUGUGCUGGACCAUCUGUAGCAGCUUGUUUCAGCCCAGUUCAAACGUGGAUUAGGUAUGCAAUGUUGAUUGGAUCUAAACAAUGUGUUGCCUUUCAUAACAUAAUGAAGCUAAAGCUAUUCUGCAUUCCUAAGUACAUGCUGCAGUGGAAAACAAAUCAAAACUGUACACAUGCCAAAGAACAGAACAACUCAGGACAACAGAGCUUUGCUGCAACAUGCAAAAUGCCAAUGGGUCGCUGUGCCAACUUCUAAUCUAGAUAUUAAAACCUACAUCGUUAUACAUACAUACAUACAUAAUAUACACUAGGACUGGGCGAUAUGGAUCAAAAACUAUAUCUAAAUUGCGAUAUACGAUAUAUAUCUCGAUUAUUUUUUUUAUCCCAUUAGGUAAUAUCAAAAAGAUACUUUUGAGACAAAGCUACAUGUUCCAAAUUUUCAGUGCUGUAUCCUGUAUAUUAGAGUAGCCUCAACAACUGAAAGUCAUUUCAAAUUAUAGUAAUUAUAAACAUUAAUAAAAGUGGCCUAAAAACAAGGGAUAUAUAAAAAAUACAUUGUGCUUUUGGAAAAAGAGGAUCUAAAGUGCUUAAGAAAAAGUAAAUAAAAAGUGCAGUUUGAGUUUUCUGUAAAUCUGGGCUGAAACGGUGUCAGGUCUAUUCUCAUACACAUGUGAAGGAGCUGGUUGGUCAGUUCAGGUUAGAAUGGGUGUGUCUGCUCUAAAGAUCAGUGUUUAGUUCAGUGGUGAUGCUUCACGCUGCUGCGGUUUAUCAGAGCCAUGAUCUCAGAACAUGAGACGUGCUGCUGUUUCGCUGAAAAGUCAGGUUCUGCCGUCACUGUGUGUUUUAUAGAGAGCAGUGUCUGAAUGAGCUUCGUAUCUCUCCUCUGUGCGCGCCACACUUUAUUUAGAACGAAGGCGAUUGGUCUUUGAGUUUCCUGCACUGCAGAACCUCAGUCAAUGGAAGUUCAAAAUAAACCCUGUAGAAGUGAACUAGUUCUCAAUAGGUCCGCCUAUUACUGACCCCCGCUCUACAAAAUACCUUAUUCUGCUGCUCAUCUGACUCACUGAAUCCAAACCAUCUGGAAAUGAGCUGUAACGUUAGGUUUCUGUCACCUGCUCUCUCUGCUGACUACUGCGGUGGGGGAGGGGUAGUGUGUUUAGUGAGGGAGGGAGGCGGGGCUAGGUGCAGCUGCGCAGAGACAGCGGGAGAACUGGCUCACUUUAAUGCGGCGUAGUCUAUAUUGAUAUAAACUAUAUUGUCUCGUCUUAUAUCGCAUAUGAAAAUAUAUAGAUAUUUUUUAAAUCUCGAUAUAUCGCCCAGCCCUAAUAUACACUGAAAUAAGUUUACCAGGGUGCUUCAUUAACUGUAGUACCAUUACAGGUUACAGUGGCUAAAUUUGACCUAUCCACUCUCCCAUAUACAGGUUUUUGAUAAGCAAGAUUUUUAAAAUUUUAAGCUCAAUGAAUGUAAAUUUAACAAACAUAAAUCUUAUUGAUCGUGAAAGUUUUCAAAAUUAUUAUCAGUUGUGUGUUUAAAUGGACAAACCCACUUAUGCUAAUCUCCAACUACACAAUAUUUCUCUCAACGUUUAAAAAGUCAGAUUAAGCACUAAUCAUACCAUAAAUAAUACAUUUGGUGCUGUGUCUUAGUCUGGAAACACUGCGCAUUUGACAUCAGGGAGGAGAAGAAGCUGUUACUGAAGCACUGUGUGAGGCUAGUGGUUUUGUACUCUGAAAAGAAAAAGAAACAGAAGACAGUAUGUGAGUGACCCAAAGAAAAACAAUGUAAAGCUGGCCCCUUGUAUAAUUAGAAACUGAAUACAGAUAUUUUCAUGUAUUAGAAGAAUUUUGUCCUAAUAUCAUUCUUUAAAAAUUCUUACCUGUUAUAUGUUAGUGCUGCAUUUGUGCUGGUUUGUGUCAAUGAAAUAAAUGUGGGAAUACAGUAAAUUUUUAGCAGGUAUUUGUUUUAUGGCAGCUUUAUAAGAAAAAGAAAAAAAACACAAAUUAUGAAAACAUAUAUUAAGCAAACUGACUGUACUAUUUAUAUGCAGUUUAAAUAAUCUGGGCUCAUUUUAACAGUACUAACCAAAUAAAUGCAGCAUAAAUGCAGCACUAAUGAAUAAGAACAUUUUGAUGAAAUUUGGAGCUUAUUUGGUACUUUUGGCACUUUACCAUAACUCAAUAUUUGACUAAAUAUUAUUUUGCUUAUAGCUCAAUGAUGAAACUGCAACAACAUUAUUUUGACCACAAAAAUGCAGCAGUAACAGAUUGCACGCUGAUGUGGGGCUAUUUUACAUACUCGAGUAUGAGCUGUUUUUCAUUGUGAUUAAAAUUUGAAAGGACACAGAGUUAAAGUUAAAGUAACAAAAUAACUUAAGUCACAUUGGCCAGACUUCCUUCUCCUAAAUUGAGCCACAAGAGAAGUUGACCUAAAUAUUUGUUAAACUACUGACUGGAGCUUGCUUCAAUACAAUGUCCCCACUACCUCCCUUUUAUAUAAAGAUAAUGUGCAUGUACUGUACUGCAGAUCUUGUAUCUAUUUUUUAAUCCUGCAUGAGCCCAAGCUUUUACUGUGAUGUCCUUCCCAAGUGAUCUCUAGUCUUCUACAGUAGCAGGUUACAGUUAGAUAAGCACCCCACUAAGAUAAUAGCAUGUGUUAUGAACUGGAAUACGUUUAAAUUGAUUAAAAUUCCAUUAUGACACUUUCUGAAUUAUAGUCCAGCCUUAUUCUCCUUAAGUGUCCCCUAGGCUGUCCACCAUGCUAAUCCCCUUUUAAACAAGGAGAGUUAUUUCAGCUUCUAUGUCCAAGGCUAUAGAAAACUCAGCAACAUCAAAGCAUCGCUCAAGGCUUCUUGCCUCUUUGUUAUGCCUGUUUUUCAGAGUGCUCAAAAAUGAGCACAGGGAAAGUUAUUCAGAAUGAUGCAGGUACCAGACUGAAAAUAAAGGACCUGUCUAAAAAACAUGGUCAAUUGCAUAUAUAGUGUAAACUUUACAAAACUUUGUCAAAAUAUCAAAAGUAAUUGAGAAUUAAGAAAUUACUGUUAUGCAAAAAAAUUGAUGUCUUCUAAGCAGGAAGAAUUUAUUUUUUUGUUUCUGUCCACUAUAAAGCGAUAAUACAUGUUGUGCUCAAAGUUUGCCCUUGAAACAUUUUACAGUUAUUUUUUGUUAUAUGUUAUAUUUAAAGCUUUUCAGCCUCAUUACAUUCACUACAAAUAAAUGCAUGUCAGGGCAGAAUUAGUCAAUUUUCAAAGAAGGGGAAAGCUUAUCUCUCAGGACAAUUUUGGAGUUGCCAGAACCUACCCCUUGAGAAAAAGCCUACUUUAAAAAGCUUCAUAUACAGUAGUACAACUAAACAAUGACCCUUACCCACCAAGUAAACAGCCAACACCCCUAAAUCUAAGGUAUACAGCUAGUGUUCCCUCUAUCAGAAUGACCCGUAGGUUGACUAUGUGCUUCAGGUGUUUGUACCCUAUUGUGGCGUGUUUUUUUCUUCUUUAUAACAGAUGUGAAAGAAUGAAUACCUGUGAGAAUUGUAGUUUGGUUUAGAUUGACGAUCAUUUUCACAGAGCAGCGAAAAACAGUAUUUUGGAGUUUAAAGUUGUCUUGAGAAGAGACAGUAUCAAUUUGUAAGAAUGCCUUGUCUAGAGACUGUAUAAUUGUGGCUAGAAUCAUCAGUGUACACGUUUGACAGUAGCUCUGCUAACAAUUAAUUAAUUAAUAACAUUAUGCUUGUUAGCAGUAAAUCUGCAGCUGCGUUUACACACAUUUUCCACAAAAACACAAGAAUACAGAUUCCAGUGGUUUAGAAAUCACAGUUUACACUGUGCUUAAAUCAAACCUUACCUCAACCCCACAGACCAUUAAUUUACCACAGGCUACUUUCACAUGCUAACAACACAUCCCCAUGUUUCUUUGCCUGCAAUCAACUGA